GCGUCGCGUGUGGAUGACGCACUUCUAUGUCUUGUCUGCUUUCUUCGCACUCGCUGCGCUGCUGUGGUGUUCAGACUCCCUUCGCGCCCCAAGAACAAGCUAAAGCGCAGAAGAAUUAAAGGAGCCUCCUUCCCCGUUCACCUGGCCGUCCAGCGAGGGGGUGUAAAUGGCCUCCCAUGGAAGAAAGGGAUCAUAGAAAAAGAAAAAGAAGAGCUUUACCCGCAGCAUGGCCUCGGCUAAAGAGGAUGGCGUGGAUGAAAGACUGCGGCAUAUUAAAGAAGAGAACUGUGAGUGGGGUGCGCCAGAGGAUGUGUGCGUGAAGGUGGAGGAUUGCAAAGAAAGACUUGCAGUUUGUAAAGAGGAGGAGUGCAAGAGGGAGACCGUCGACAUUAAAGUGGAGGAUUUUGAAGAUCUGCCGGUGAGUCUUGACGUGCCAAAACACGAGACGGGGAAUAUUUUCAAGCAAGAUGUGCGCGAGGAAUCUCCUUCCAGUUUACACCCCGAGGUCGCUCGUAAGGGACAGCUGACUGGCCAGCAGGAUUCUGUGAAGCUGAAAUCGGAGUCCGGCGAGUUGGAAGAGCGCAUCGCUGAAGGAAAUGGAACGGACGGAGAAGAGCAACAGCAUUCAUUGGGGAGUGCGGGAACGAGUUUCCAGGAGAAUGGCUGCAUCUUUCCAUCUUCGUUUUCUCAGCCCUCUCUUCAGUGUGGACUGCAAGUGAAAGAGGACAAGGAGAAGACCUCAAUAAGGGGAUGGGAGAAUUUGACCCCAGUCAGUUCUCUAACUGCUGCCAAACUGACAGAAGGAGACGCCGCCAAUGCUGAUCAACAGCAAAUGAGCACUGCAGAUGAAGAGGCUGUGUGUACCAGCCGUGAGCGUGGAAAAACUUGUACAAACCAAUCUAAAUCUAAAUCUAGGUCGACUGAUGGAAGACCGAAACACUAUGCCUGUAGUGAAUGUGGUAAGCUAUUUUCUCGCAGCCACGAUCUUCUUAAACAUGAAAGAAUCCACACUGGAGAAAAACCCCAUUGCUGCCUAGAGUGCGGCAAACAAUUUUCACAAAUGAGCAAUCUUCAGCGGCAUACAAGAAUCCACACUGGAGAAAAACCUUACUGCUGUUCUAAAUGUGGGAAACGAUUCUUGCACAUCUUCCAACUGCAACGACACAUGAGAAUUCAUACUGGAGAAAAACCUUACUGUUGUCCUGAAUGUGGUAAACAAUUCUCAAGCAGCAGUGGCCUUUAUAAUCAUAAAAGAAUUCAUACUGGUGAGAAACCGCAUAGAUGUUCUGUGUGUGGCAAAAGAUUCUCCCAAACAAGUAAUCUUCUGAGCCACAUAAAAAUCCACACUGGAGAAAAACCGUAUUGCUGUUCUGAGUGCGGCAAACAAUUUGCCCGUAAUAGCAACCUUCAGCAGCAUGUGCGAGUUCAUUCUGGAGAGAAGCCGUAUUCUUGUUCAGAAUGUGGCAAGAGCUUUUCCCAUAGCAAGAACUUUCAGGAACAUGCAAAACACCAUACUGGGCAGAAACCUUUUUGCUGUUCUGAUUGUGGGAAAAGAUUCAUAAAAAUUAAAUAUCUUAAACGCCACCUGUUUACUCAUUCGGCAGAGAAACCUCAUCGCUGUGUGGACUGUGGCAAAACAUUUUUGUAUAGGAGCAGCCUUCAGGAUCAUGCCAAAAUUCACACUGGAGAAAAACCUCAUUGCUGUUUGGAUUGUGGGAAAAGAUUUCUACAGAUAUGGCAUCUGAAACGCCACUUGAGAAUUCAUACUGGAGAAAAGCCGUAUAGUUGUAGUGAAUGCGGCAAACGGUUCUUUGAAGCCAGACAACUUCAGGAGCACAUGCAAAUUCAUACUGGAGAGAAACAUCACUGUUGUUUGGAAUGUGGCAAGAGAUUCUCACAGAAAGGUACCCUUCGCAAACAUGCAAGGGUCCAUAGCAGUGAGAAAUCUCACUGUUGUUCCGAAUGUGGGAAACGAUUCUCGGAUAUGCACAGUCUUCAGUGCCACAUCAGAAUUCACACUGGAGAAAAACCUUAUGGUUGCCCUGAAUGUGGUAAACAGUUUACACGCAGCAGUCACCUUCUUACCCAUAAAAAACUUCAUUCUGUUAAGAAAUCUUAUAACUGUUCUGAAUGCAGCCAGUGUUUCUUAGAUCUCAACAGUCUUAAUAACCACAUGGAAAUUCAUAAAAUAUCUCAAGGUGCCAACGGAAGUGUGGUGACUGUGGAGUAAAACAACUGCAAUUGUGGCAAUGGCGCUGGGCUCAAUCAAACACAGGAGUGGAAAUGUCCAAGCCCAUCCAGUAGAAUGUUAUAAAAAUUUGUAACAAUAGCCAGCUCGACAGGCUUGUCCACCCUGUUCACUUAGAUAAUCCAAAAGAACAUCACGUCAAGAUCUGAAGGCCCCUCAAGGUCCUGCUUCCCACCAGACUACUUGGUAAUUUGAUUCUAUGUGUCUAUGGCUGUUUGCAUGAAGAAAAACUCUCAACAUUUCUGUGAAAUCUGCCCUAAUGUUUCCCCUGUGUUCUUAUUAGCAAAUUUUAUUUUGAAGUACCAACUGGGAUCUACUUUACUAAUUCCUUUUAAUAUUUUUAAAUACUAAAGUCAUGUACCCUCUUAAUCUGUGUUUGAUUAAACUGAAAAGGUUUAA